AACAAACAAAAAACAAAGAUAUCAUGAUAUUUAUGUUUACGGUAGUGAAAUGUUCUCCCUUUAAGGUUACAAUGGCGCCUACUUCUGUUCUGAUAUUGGUAUGUGUGUUUGGUGGGACUUUGGCCAAUUACUACCUCAAACCACUGUCGUACACUAAACUUCCGACCAAGGUAACGCCAUCGGAAACCUUUCAAUUAUUUGGUGGAACGGCUGAGGAGGGAGCAUAUGAUCCGAAAAAGAAAAUGCUCUAUGUUGUGGGAGAAACGUCAAGAUUAAUUCAUAUCCUCGACAUAUCCGACCCUGCCAACCCCGUCCGUGCUCUAACGCACCAGUUCACAGCAGCUGAUGGGAUACCACGUGACAUUGCUAUAUGUGGAGAUGAGAUCGCCGUUGCAGUGACCUCUGGUGUCAGGGACGUGUACGAGGGCCAUAUAUAUUUCUUCAAAACGUUCACCAAGGGUGAUAGUUUCCUACAAGCCGAUGGAACUCAUCUCCCAGUGGGGGUAUUUCCCGAUAUGUUGACCUACACUCCGGAUUGUGGUGUGCUCUUGGUGGCCAAUGAAGGGAGACCUGGCCGUGACAUCACUAAUAAAUUUGUAGAUCCCAAGGGCUCUGUUCACAUCAUACGCACAGAAAGGACGGGCAGUCCAUCGGAGAAAAUAGCAGGUUUUGAAAGCUUCAAUUCUCGGUAUGACAUCCGUAUACCAGCGCGUUACGUACCUUCCAACACCUGGCCCCUUCCUAACCCCGUAUCUGUCGCGCAGGGCCUGGAGCCAGAGUACAUAGCAGUCACAGCUGACUCUAGAUACGCCUACAUCACCCUACAGGAAAAUAAUGCCGUUGCUAAACUGUCCCUGUCUGAUGGAGUGAUAAGUGAUCUAUGGCCUUUAACCAAGAAAGAAUGGAAGGACAUCGGGAUUGACUCCACAGAUAGAGAUGGAGGUAUCCAUCUACGGCAAUAUCCAUGGGUAAGUCUCCAACAGCCGGAUAUAGCUAAGACGUACACUGUUGGAAGAAAGACGUAUUUGUUUACUGCCAACGAGGGCGCCACGACAUCAUAUACAAGCAGUGUGCAUGGUUUUACCUGGGCUGAUAAUGCCAAGUCGGAUGCUCUUGUUAGAGCGAAGAAAUUCGACGAAAUGAGUAUAAACAAUUCAACAUUUUAUGCAGAUUUAUUACUGGAAAACAUGGCAGGUUACCUGACCGUAAGUAACAUCGACUCAUUAAAUUUGUUCUCCGAUAAGCUUGGACAAGUUACACACUUCGGUGGUCGAGGAUUCUCUAUCUGGGACACGUCUGAUAUGAGUCUUGUUUGGGACAGUAAGGAUGAGAUCGAGAAACACAUGGAAGUCCUCAUGUACAAUGUAUUCAACACCGAUGUUGUGUCGUCUACCAUCACAUACACAUCACCAGAGAAUCUUCGGGACUCGACAUCUGACCUCCAGGGUCCGAAACUGAACGGGAUGGACUUGCUGGUACAACAGAAUGGUUCCGAUUUCCUGCUGGUCGGAAGUGAGACUGUGGGCGCCCUCUUCCUCUAUACGAUCAAUUCCACAAGUGGUGCACCAGUUCCGAGAUUCGAGAGCGCCCAUCGCGCUGGCCGAACUGAUUUUGUCUGGAAGGAAUUAUACGAUAUGGACGAGGCAGGAGACGCCUAUAUAUCCGCAAUAGGGUUGAUUUCUCCCGCUGACAGUCCCACUAAUAACGUGAUGGCUUACGUAAUAAGUGCCGUAUCUGGUAGUGUGUCACUGUACAGCGUAGAGCAACACCCUAAUCCCGACUUCAUCUUCGGAUAACAAGUACACAGACCAUGGCAAGUACACAGACCAUGGCUAACAACGUUUUCUUCCUGUUUGGUUACAUGUAUUUAUUCGAAUAAAGACUGAUACCUUC